UCUCUUGUCUCUGUCUCUCUGUCUCUCUCUCUCCUAAUUAAUUCCCUUCUCUUUCUUCUUCCUCGAAACCCUAAUCCUUCUCCUCUCUCUAACACCAUGAAGGGGCCGGGGCUCUUCUCCGACAUCGGGAAAAAGGCGAAGGAUCUACUAACGAAGGACUAUACCUACGAUCAGAAGCUCACCAUCUCCACCGUUACUGCUUCCGGAGUGGGCCUAACUUCUGCAGCUUUGAAGAAAGGGGGACUUUAUUCUCUUGACAUUGGUUCACAGUACAAGUACAAAAAUACUCUUGUCGAUGUCAAAGUCGACACCGAUUCAAAUAUCUCCGCUACUUUCACCAUCUCAGAAAUUUUUCCAUAUACAAAGACUAUUGCUUCUUUCAAGAUACCGGACUACAACUCAGGAAAGUUGGAGGUGCAAUAUUUUCAUGACCAUGCAAGUUUUGCUUCAAUUGUGGCUCUGAAUCCAUCUCCUGUAGUUGAGCUUUCCGGCACUGUUGGUGCUCAAGGAAUUGCUAUUGGUGCAGAAGCCGGUUUUGAUACAUCCUCGGGAAAUUUUACUAAGUACAGUGUUGGACUUGGGCUGGCUAAGCCGGACUAUAAUGUCUCUGUUCUUCUGAUGGACAAAGGAGACAUUCUCAAAGCUUCAUACGUUUAUCACUUCGAUGAGUUGCAAAAGACCUCUGCCGUGGCGGAGAUAACCCGAAAAUUCUCGACCAACGAGAACUACCUUACAGUUGGUGGUUUAUAUGCUGUCGAUCCCCAAACAACUGUGAAAGCGAAGCUUAACAACUCCGGGAAACUUGCUGCUCUUCUUCAACAUGAAAUUAAGCCAAAGUCUUUUCUUACUAUCUCUGGUGAAUUCGAUACCAAGGUGUUGGACAGGUCUCCCAAGUUCGGUUUGGCUCUUGCUCUCAAGCCCUAGUUUUAUUGUUUUUUUUUUUUUUCGUCGAAGCUGAACUACAAUUUUCCAUUUGGGUUCAGAAGUUAAAGGUAAUAAACUUGCCCCACAGACAAAUUUUUUUUUUUCCUUUUUCUUUUCUAUUGAAUCUUUUGAUUACUGUGGGUUGAUUGAUUUGGGAGGUUGCUUAGGCCAUUUAUUACUUAUUUUCGAAGGUAUUAUCCUCUUAGUUAGAUCUCAUAUGCCUUUCGUUCAAAAAGGUGCUAGCCUCAUGUGAAUUUGAUCUUGCUAUCAGAAACACUCGUCUUGCUGAGUUUGCUUUUGGAAUUCGAGAAGAUACUAACUUGACCUUUUUAGCA